CAGAAAUGAUCAAAGAUCUACACCUCGAAGGGCCAAGAAUCCAACUGAAGCGUGAAAUGAGCCACCAUAAUGGGUUCACGAUGACUGGGCCUGGAAUCGACGGGUGUGUUCGGCCAUGCACUGCCCUGAGUAUAGAAAAAAGGCAAGCAUCUGGAUGGGGCGGAAUGUCGAAGAAGGUAUAAAGUCGGUCUUCUUCGCUCCUCAUCUCGACAACAAUCCAGCUCAAAUUCUCUCUCUCAAUCAUCUACAUACUUCAUUACCUCACACAAAUAAACCACAAAUCAGUCCUCCUAUAUCUUUCAAAAAAGAAACUCCUACCAAACAAAGCAAAAUGCAACUCCACCACUUCCUCCCUCUUGCUGCCAUGGGCGUCCUGGCCCUCACCACCACCGCCGAAUCCACUCCCCUCUCAGCCCGCAGCGAACUCAUCAAAAUCACCACCUGGUCCGGUAACAACUGCGAAGGUUCCUCCGCCAACCCUUUCAUCACUAGGUCUGGAGAAUCCUGCUUUGUGAGCAUUUCCGGGGCGUCUUUCAACGUCAGUGCCGCCGACAGCAAAUGCAAGAUCACCACCUGGUCUGAGGAUAACUGUCAGGGAAGCUCGGCGAACUUUGCGGGAGAUGUGCAGGGAUGUAUUGGUAUUCCAUUCGCGUCUGUUAGUCUUGAUUGUUAGGUGUGGCUCGAACUGAGGAUGUCUCUGCUGUGUCAGUAAGAGGACUGACCGGAUUGGGUCAUGUUUGACUGGACUGUUUUUUAUAUGAGUGUUUCUGUUUGACGUAUAAAGUAUCUUUUGGAUAAAUUGCAGUAUUCCUUUAUACACAUCGAAGUGAAUAGUAUCUACCUGAUUACCUAUUACAUACACA